CGUGGUUUACAUGUUCUGUGCGGUCGGAGUUUACGUCUGAGAUACCCCAACCCUCCCGCCAAGUCUGUACGAUAGAAGCUCUGUCUCUUGAAACCAAGUCGAUUUCGCGCAGUUCCAAGCAAAGAUCCGUUGAGGCUUGACACAUAGUCCUUUUCGCGCAAUUCUUCCAAUACGUCACCAUGGAAUCGCAGGGCUCUGCUCCAACUCCCCCCAUACUUCGGGCGGUUGCCAGUUCCACGAGGCCUCUGUAUCAGCUCCUCAAGGCGAUCAACUUUACCAACAAGGUGCACGUCGAUGUCACAGAGCACGGCCUAAGGUUCGCGGCCGACCACGCCCGGGUCAUGCAAGGGGUCGCCCACUGGAGCAAGAGCCUCUUUACCACCUACACCACGAACCUCCCUUCGGCACCCAACGCCGGCGAAGACGCCGAAGCAGACGAUGAUCCCAUGUUCCCAACCUUCCAGAUCUCCCUUCCGGCGCUCCUCGAAACUCUCCAGAUCUUCGGUGCUGCUGAUGCCGCCGCCCGCCAGGCUAAGGCCGACGCCGAUCCGUAUCGUAGCAACCUGCGCAACUACCGCCCGGACGCCUUCUCGAACCACACCCUCGGCAUGUCGGGCACAUGCUCGCUCUCCUACACGCGAGAGGGCGAGCCCUUCAGCAUUGUGCUCGACGAGGCCGGCGUCAGCACUACGUGCAACCUGACCACCUACGUGCCCGAGGCGCCGGACGACAUCCCCUUCGACAUCGAAGACCUGUCCUUCAAGAUCAUCACGUCUGCCCGCUGGCUGCUGGAUGCGCUCACCGAGCUGGCGCCCACGAGCCCCGAGAAGCUGACCAUCGUCGCAUCCAGGACUGAGCCGUACCUGCGACUGACCAGUUCGGGCGGCCCGCUCGGGUCGAGCAGCGUGGAUUUUGCCAAGGGCCGGGAUCUGCUCGAGACCUUCUCCGUCAGGGGACGGUGGGCGCAGACGUUCAAGUUCAACAUCAUCAAAUCGGCGAGCGAGGCCAUGCGGAUCGCAAGCAAGGUUAGCAUGCGCGGGGACGGCCAAGGAGUGUUGAGUAUGCAGUUCAUGGUGGAAGUGGAGGGGUCCGGGCCGAGCUUCUUGGACUUUCGGUUCGUGCCGUAUGCGGUCUGUGAGGACGACGGGGACGAUGACCGAGAAGGGGAGGAGGAAGGCGAUGGUACAGGUUGAAUAGACAGUAUGCCCCGGCGUGCGUGACGGCGCACCUCUCGGACUGGCAGUUUGAGAAUUUUGCAACUUCAACCCGAUGCUAUUAUGCCACCCUUCCCUGAAGAGACGCCACGGGAUACCUAACCCUCCUGUGCUCGACUCGAUUCGACUAAGUCAUCAA